AUGAGGUCGUUUGAUAUCUCGAUUACUCUUUCUUGCCUCAUUGUAUUAGCAGCCUUUCAUUUCUCUCUAGCCCAAAACUCUCCCCAAGACUACCUUAAUGCCCACAAUGCAGCUCGUUCACAGGUGGGUGUUGGUCCAAUGACAUGGGACAACAACGUUGCAGCCUAUGCACAAAACUAUGCUAAUCAGAGGAUUGGUGACUGCAAUCUCGUGCACUCGGGUGGUCAAUAUGGUGAAAACCUUGCUAAAGCCACUCCCUCCUUGACAGGUACCGAUGCAGUGAACAUGUGGGUUAAUGAGAAGAGUAACUUUGACUACAAUUCAAACUCUUGUGUUGGUGGAGAGUGUAGGCACUACACUCAGGUGGUUUGGCGCAAAUCAGUUCGUCUUGGAUGCGCUAGGGUUCGAUGCAACGAUGGUUGGUGGUUUGUGACUUGCAACUACGAUCCCCCGGGCAACUUCGUUGGCGAGCGCCCUUACUAGAGAAACAACUACAUAUUGCUGGCUCAACUCAACAACUCAACAAAACUUUGUUCCGAUUGUUUGAGGUGGCCUGCUUGUUAUUAGCCAUGAGGGUGUCAUCAUGAAUAAGGCUAUGUAUUAUAUAUGUACCGAAAAUAAAACAAUANUG